AUGUAUCUCUCUGAGGUGUGCCACGAAUUGGAGGAAGCAAUGGGGGUUGUGGUGACUCCCCCAACUAUUUGUCGGCUACUUAGAAGAUAUGGAAUCACUCGAAAGAAGAUUCAACAAGUAGCUCUCCAAAGACCAGUUUGUAAGUAUGGAUAUGCAAUAAGAGGAUUGGCACCACAGAAUAAACGCCUGUUGAGUCGUGGGCAAAAAGUUAAUGCUAUUGCUGGCAUGAGCACUGAUGGUGUAGUAGCUGUUGAAGUUAUUAAGUCUAAUGUUGAUGCGGAAGUGUUCUUUGACUAUGCAAGACGAUCCCUCAUACCAAACAUGCUACCAUUCAACGGAUCUAAUCCUUGUUCAAUUGUUAUAAUGGACAAUUUGUCUGAACUAACCAGAGGUCAAUCUUCAUCAAGAAAGUGGUUUAGGUACCGUAAUGGUAGGAUCACUGCAUCUCGAUUUCAUGCAGUAUUACACACAAACCUACAAAAACCUUCACAAUCACUUUUAAAGAGUAUUUGCUAUGCAGAAAUGAAUGCCCACUCUUUUCGUAGCGCCGCUUGUGAAUGGGGCUGCUCACACGAAAAGGAUGCUUUGGAAGCGUAUGAGUUAUCGAUGAAAGAUCUACAUACUCACUUUAAAGUCGAAUGUUGCGGAUUUUUUGUUUCACAAAUGCAGCAUUACUUAGGCGGUACCCCUGAUAGUGUAGUAUCUUGUGAUUGCCAUGGUCAAGGAGUUGUUGAGGUUAAAUGUCCCUACUGCGCUAGGGAUUCAAGUGUUUCAAUACAAGCAAAAGAAAACCGACGAUUUUGUCUUGAAACAGUAGAAAAUGGAUCAAUCCGACUAAAGCCAGCACAUCCAUACUACUAUCAAUGUCAACUUCAAAUGUUUGUUUCAGGAUGGAACUAUUGUGACUUUGUUGUGUGGACAAAACAAAGCACACAUGUCGAACGCAUUAACAUAGAUGACAAUCUUUUGUCACAAUCUUUACCAAUCGCAAAGGAAUUCUUCUAUAAGUGUAUAUUACCAGAGUUGCUUGGGAAAUGGUACACGCGACAAUCAGCCACCCGUAUCCAAUCUACAGAAGAACGACCAGUAGAUGAUCUUGAUGAUGGUACAUGGUGCCUUUGCAACGAAGUGCUAGGUGGUGAAAUGGUUCGAUGCGACAAUGAGUCUUGCCAAACAAGAUGGUACCAUUUAGUGUGUUUAAAACUAAGUGUUGCGCCACAAAAAUGGCUUUGCCCUACAUGUAGAAGAAAAUAGUAACUAUAUAUAACUAAAUAUCAUGCAGUCAUCCUUUUCACACCUUUUUUGGCAAUAAUAAUUUUUGAUUGCAUGUGUGUUCAUAAAAAAAAACUUGAAGUCACUGCAUGCAUGUAUGUGUAUAAAUAGUAAUUACUCAAACGGAAUAACACCUUCACGAAGAUUAUGUAAUGCACAACAUACUCGAACAAUUGAGUCCAAUAUGAUUUGGUUUGUUUCAUCAGAUUGUACAUAUUCCCACGGCAAAACAGCAGUGGCAGAUAUUAUUGGAAAUGUUUGACGAGUGCUCCCAAUAAUCCUCUCGACGUGAAUUCUUACAUUUGCCUUUUUUCUCGUUUCCUUCACUUCUGAUGC